AUGCCUUGUUGUCUACUGCUAAUCACAGAGGCCAAAGAGAAUUUACACCAGCAGUUCAAGUUAAAAGAUUUAGGUGAACUCAGGUACUUCUUGGGAAUUGAAGUAUUAAGGUCCUCCAAAGGGGUUAUUUUGAAUCAAAGGAAGUAUAUUUUAGAACUCAUUGCAGAUGCAGGGUUCACUGGUGCCAAACCUGCUCCCACUCCUCUUGAAUCAAAUUUAAGACUCACUUCAGUAGAAUAUGAUUUAGUGAAUGGGGUUAUGGGAGAUGAAGUCCUUCAUGACAUUACAUCUUAUCAGAGAUUAGUUGGCAAGCUUUUGUAUGUCAACAUCACAAGACCUGACAUCAGCUAUGCAGUACAAACUCUUAGCCAGUUUAUGCAGUCCCUUAAAAGGUCACAUUGGGAGGCAACUACAAGUGUGGUUAGAUACUUGAAAGGCACAGUAGGAUAG